AUGGCGGACCCGGAUGGAGAUGUCGAUCGGAUCAGCGCCCUCCCCGACGAUUUGCUUCACCUCGUCCUGAGCUUCGUGCGCGACGCGAAGGCCGUCACGCGCACGGCCGCGCUGUCCAGGCGAUGGCGGCGCGUGUGGAUCUAUGCGCAGCAACUGGCGCUAUUGGGCACCCAAGUGAGACCCGGCGCUGACCCAGGCCAGUUCGUGGAUUGGGUGUUAGCUCAGCGAGGUGAUGCUGAUAUAGAAUCUCUCAGCAUCAGCAUGUACAGAUCUUCGCUUGUGUACACCUCUCAGGAGAAGGUCAAUCGGUGGCUCCGCUAUGCCAUGCAGCGCGUCGUCAAAUCUUUCCGUCUUGUCCUCCCAAUCCCAAGGGCAACGUACACGUCACCCCUCCGGGUGGAUGGGCCGGCUGUCGUGUUGCCCGACCGUGGGAGGAUGACGUCCAUCUCGAUGCUCCUAACAUCAUGCUACAGGUUCCAGCUUCCGGUGGCUGCGUCGGCCAACUACGAAGCGCUUACAGAGCUCAAGCUCUGCAGAUUGGCCCAGCUUGCCAUCCGCUCCGAGGCGCUCAAAACGUUUAAGCUUAGAUCUGCAGAGGACCUACGAGUGCUGGACGUAACCGCACCCAACCUUCGCGUCCUCGAGCUAGAGUACUGCUUUGACGAUGGGAGCGACGAGGAGGAGGAGCACGUCAAUGACGGCACCACGGACGUUGGUUUCUGGCUGUUGGAGAAGUGCCCUAAUGUUGAACACGUAGGCGUGUGGCUUGGACAUCAGCCGUCGGAACGCAGUGUCAUUAUUGUUGAUUUGACGUUGGAAGGCGCGGCGCCAUUUGCCAGGGUUAGGAGCAUGGAUCUGACCGUGAGCACAAAUCAGUUUCAAGAUUGUCAACUAGUGCCAAGUAUAUUUGCGCUGCUUCUGAGGUGCCCACGCCUGAGAUCGCUGAGUAUUAGGAUCUUUGACGAUACAGAUACAGCAAGCCGGAUGCCAAUGCCAUGCCGGAUGUGUUUCUUCUGUGAUGAGCAGUAUGCGUGGACAGAUCACCGGUCGAUCUCCUUGGAAUCACUAGAAGACGUGAAAUUAAUCGGUUUCGGAGGAGCGGACGAGGACAUGGAUCUUGUGAGAUUGUUAUUUGCAAGCUCCAAGAACUCAAUCAAGAGCAUGACUUUAGUAGAAGUAACUAAGACUUCCGGUACGGUUUCUUUGAAACGGAUGAUGGCAGAAGAUGAUAAUGGCACGGAGACGAUUGACCACAAACUAAUGAAUAUCCCUACUGUUGAUCGCGGGCGUUGGCAUUUUGGGGACACCAUAUACACUUGGACGUGCUAG